AGAAGAGUACCAGAGCUCGGAGCCAACGGAUCGGAUCAGUCCACUCAAGCCAAGAAUACGCGCUACGGUUACAAUUAAAUUCGCACUUGAUCCCACAAAGCUGCCGAACCAUGUGGCGAGUGAUUCAACAGCGCGCAACAAUCGCGCAUCCGUUCACCAGACAACGUCAUAGUCGAGUGAUUGCCAUUCGGCGAGAGGAUCAGUCGGUGUGGGAGCGACGAGCUCCUUUUGGACCCACCCACGUCCAGAAGUUGGUCAAGCAGAAUGUUAAGGUCAUCGUGCAGCCCUCCAAUCGUCGGGCAUAUCCCAUGCAGGCGUACAUGCAGGCUGGAGCUCAUAUUCAGGAGGACAUCAGCGAUGCUUCGGUGAUAUUUGGAGUGAAGCAGGUGCCCAUUGAUGCCCUGAUUCCCGGCAAGACAUACUGCUUCUUUUCGCACACGAUUAAGGCGCAGGAAUCGAAUAUGCCCCUUCUGGAUGCUAUUUUGGAAAAGAAAAUUCGCCUCAUCGACUACGAGCGAAUCAUCGACGAACGCGGUGCUCGACAGGUGGCCUUUGGCAAAUAUGCCGGAGUCGCUGGCAUGGUGAACAUCCUGCACGGGAUUGGACUGCGUCUCUUGGCCCUGGGACAUCAUACACCCUUCAUGCACAUUGGACCCGCCCAUAACUAUCGCAACUCCUCGAUGGCUCGCCAGGCAAUCCGGGAUUGUGGCUACGAGAUCUCGCUUGGCAUGAUGCCCAAGUCCAUUGGGCCACUUACGUUUGUGUUCACUGGCUCUGGAAAUGUUUCGCAAGGUGCCCAGGAGGUGUUUUCCGAGCUGCCGGUUGAGUAUGUUCCACCUGAGAUGCUUCGCAAGGUGGCCGAGCAUGGAAAUCAAAAUAAGCUUUACGGCUGCGAAGUGAGCCGUUCAGAUCAUCUGGAGCGUCGUGAGGGCGGCGGAUUUGAUGCCAAGGAAUACGACGAGUUCCCCGAGCGAUACAUUUCCACCUUCAGCACGAAGAUUGCUCCGUACGCAUCGGUUAUCGUCAACGGCAUCUACUGGGCCGUGGGCAGUCCCAAGUUGAUCAGCAUUCCGGAUGCCAAGAAUCUGCUCCGUCCGGCAAACACGCCGUGGCUGCCCACGAGCAAGGGUAGUCCUGCCUUGCCCCAUCGCAUGCUGGCCAUUUGCGACAUUUCCGCCGAUCCCGGUGGCUCCAUUGAGUUCAUGAACGAGUGCACCACCAUCGACACUCCAUUCUGCUUGUACGAUGCUGAUAGGAACAAGGAUACCAAGAGCUUCAAGGGUCCCGGAGUUUUGGUCUGUUCGAUUGACAAUAUGCCCACACAAUUGCCCAGGGAAUCAACGGAUUUGUUUGGGGAGCUGUUGACCCCUCAUGUUCAUGACAUUAUUAAGAGUGAUGCCAAGAAGCCGUUGGCGGAUGAGGACUUCUCAUACCCCAUUCAAUCGGCUAUCAUCGCCAGUAACGGUCAGUUGACCGAAGGCUUCCAGUACAUACAGGAGCUCCGAGAGUCGCAAAGCCACAGAUCGCGCCACAAGAUGGAGGGAAGGUCGGAGUCGGACAAGAAGGUCUUGGUCCUGGGAGCUGGCAUGGUGUCCGCUCCACUCGUGGAGUGGCUUCAUCGCGAGAAGGACGUGAGCAUCACGGUUUGCUCGCAGGUCAAGGAGGAGGCCGAUCGCCUGGCGCAACAGUAUGCCGGAGUGGAAAGCGUCUAUCUGGAUGUGAACGAGAGCACUGGUCACCUGCAGGAGCUGUGUGGCAAGGCGGAUGUGGUGGUUUCCCUGCUGCCCUACAGCCUCCAUGGUAUGGUGGCACGUUAUUGCGUCACAGAGGGCACCCACAUGGUUACCGCAAGUUACGUGAACGACGAGAUCUCCGGUUUGCACGAGGAGGCCAAGGCCAAGGGAGUGACCAUCAUGAAUGAGGUGGGCCUGGAUCCUGGCAUCGAUCACCUUCUGGCGCUGGAGUGCAUCCACGAGGUGCAGGACAAGGGAGCCGUUGUCGAGUCCUUCGUGAGCUAUUGUGGCGGUCUGCCAGCUCCGGAGCAUUCGAAUAAUGCCCUGAGAUAUAAGUUCUCCUGGUCACCCAGAGGAGUACUUCUCAACACUCUGUCUGCUGCUAAAUAUCUGAGUCAGGGACAAAUUGUGGAGAUUUCCGGCGGCGGGGAACUCCUGUCAAGUCCUCGCAGCUUGAACUUCCUGCCAGGAUUCGCUCUGGAGGGUUUCCCCAAUAGGGAUUCCACCAAAUACGGCAGCCUUUACGGCUUGGGCAGGGAUGUGCACACUCUGCUGCGUGGAACCAUACGCUAUAAGGGCUUUUCGGAGUCGAUUAAGCCCAUGCAGCUGCUGGGACUCAUCGAUCCGGAGCCACAUGCUCUGCUGCAUCCCAGUGGCCCGGAUGUCACGUGGCGCCAGCUUGUGAUCCAUCUCAUGGGCAUGACGGAUUCGACCAUCUUCUACGAGAACCUCAAGCAGAAGCUAACCGAGCGCAUUGGAGAUGCGGACGGUAUCGAGAGCUUGGGCCUGCUGGAUGAUACUCCUGUGGUGAAGCUGAACACUCCGCUGGAUACGCUUAGUCACUAUCUCUCCAAGAGACUGGCCUUUGAGCGGGAUGAACGCGACUUGGUGGUGCUGCGCCAUGAAGUUGGCAUCCGUUGGCCCGAUGGUCGUCGUGAGGAGCGUGGCAUCAACUUCGUGGUCUACGGACAGCCCCAGGGUCACUCUGCCAUGGCGAUGACGGUGGGCAAGCCGGCUGCCAUUGCAGCCAAAAUGAUCCUAGACGGUGAGAUCCAGGAACGCGGCGUCCUGCUGCCCUUCACCCCCGAUAUCUAUCGUCCCAUGCUGCAACGUCUGCGCUCCGAGGGUCUGACUGCCACGGAAACCUCCAGAUGGCUGAAUUAAGUAGUCCGAACUGAGAGCCGAGAAAAUAAGCUUAAGUCUUCAUUCAUAUUACUUUUUUUUGACUGCCCAACGCGUCGGUGAUACUAUUUGUUUUAUCACCUUAUCACUCGGGUAUUUCGUAUUUCGUAUUUCGUAUUUUGUUGUUCGAUAAGAGUGUCAUUACGUUAUCAUAAUACUGGAAUAAGUUUUAUGACUAGAGCUACUUGAGGUACGUAAACAAGUAGCGGUUGUUGUCCACAUUGUGAAACAUGUUUCCUUAACGUGAAAUAAUUUCGAGCUGAUUGUAAAUGAUUUAAUGAUUAAAUAUUUAUGGUAAAAACAAAAUA